AUGUUAUUCAUUGUUAUACCAACAGGAUAUUCGACCAAUCAUCGAAAUUUCAAUCGAAGAGCAACUCCCCAAGAUUAUAAUGGACCAUGGGGAGAAGGAGUCAAAUGUCCAUAUGAGAAUCCGUCUGCUCCUAUCGGCACAACAGUAUACAAAGGCACAGUACCAGCAGCAAUGACUACUGAUGCUGUGAAUUACCUUCGUAAUUCAACUGUCAAGAUAUUUCAAAUCAGUGAUGUCAAAACGUAUCCGAUUUUAAUCAAUCAGUUUUUCGUAUUGAGAAAAGAGUUCCAUACUUGGCAUUAUUCGAAUGGUAAACUCUUAACUGGUUGUUGGACAGGUGUUACUGUUUAUCAAUGUAUCAGCCAAUCAUGA